CAUGCCGUUGUAUUUGUCCGGUGUCGCUACAGCUGCACUAGAGGAAAAGGAACCAACGAUCUAGGGAAAAACUACAACUCCCAUUCUGUUCCAGCCGCGUAGGUGUUUCCGGUGUCUUAUAACAUUUUACUUCCUUCCACACAGACCGACACGAACAAAUCGAGACAGAAGACAUCGCUAACUUUUAAAUGUUGUCGCUCGUGCUCGCGCUUUGAGCUCGCCCUUCGUUUCACUGCGCGGGUAGAAGCCUCGGCAUGUGGCGGCUCGUGUGCGAGAACUGAACAGUUGUUGGGAACCGAGCCCCGUGAAGUGUAGGCCUCCGAAGAAAGUUUGGUCGAGGGCCUGUAAACAACAUGUCCUCCGCCUCGCAGUCCUCCUCCAGACGCCAGUGGUGCUACCUCUGCGAUCUGCCCAAGAUGCCCUGGGCGAUGCUGUGGGAGUUCAGCGAAGCCGUCUGCCGCGGCUGCGUGAACUACGACGGGGCGGACCGAAUAGAGCUGCUCAUCGAAACCGCCAGGCAGCUGAAGAGCACGCACGGAGUUCUGGACGGGAGGCCCCCCGGAGCACAGCACAGCAAAGGCAACUCGGCCGGGCCUAUUGAGGCUGGGCGGCCGCAUGGAGAGCGUCUAGACAGGGGGAGGGGUGAGUACGGCCUGUCUUCCCGCCUUCCCAACGGCCUGCACAGGGCCGACGAGGUGGCGCUGUCAGAGGGCAGCCGGCAGAGCCCGAACACGCGCCACGCACGCGCCGUCGCCGGCGCCGUGCCCAACCUCCAUGGCUCCAUAUCCCACGCCCUGAUCGCCCAGGGCCUAGUGGCAGCGGCCCCUCACGGGCUUUUAGCCCCGAUAUCCGGCUCCAGGGCUGCAGCAGCCCCCAUCGCCGUCUCGGCCGGCCCCAUCAUAGGUGAUGCUGGCAGAAGACAGGCGGUGUCCCUGGGAGUGGGCUCCAGCAGCUCGGCCCUGGUGGGUCUGGACCCCGCGGUGUGGAGGAACAAUGAGAUGCUGGCCGAGCUGAACGAGGUGUCCCGCAGCAGGGCCGAGGGCUGGCCCAACCGCCCCAAAGCCAUCCGGGACGUGCUCGGGGCGCUCAGCAGCUGCGUGCCCUUCAACGUGCGCUUCAGGAAGGACCACUCUCUGAUGGGUCGCGUCCUGGCUUUCGACGCUGCCACGAGCCCAGAGUUUGAGCUCAAGGUGUACGUGGAGUAUCCUGCCGGCUCUGGCAUGAUCUUCUCAGGGGUCCCGGACCUGGUGAGGCAGAUGUUCCGCGACUCGGCCAAGGAUGCGGGCAAAGCGGUGAACUCUGGGCUGCGCUAUGUGGAGUACGAGAAGCGACAGGGCACGGGCGACUGGCGCGGGCUGUCGGAGCUGCUGAACGACGGCGUGCGCAUGUUCAAAGAGCCCCCCAUUCCAGAGGUGCUCCCGCAGCCAGAUGCUGUCUUGUCCAUGGCAGCUACAGCACGUCCUGUACCAGCGAAGACCAGGCGCCGCAAGGCCUCGCCGGGUUCCGAGAACGGGGAGAGCGAAGGGAGGCCCGAACACGCGGCGAGGGAGCCCUGGCCCCGAGGCGCGUACUCAGGCAUGGACGCGGGUCCCGGCAUGGCCGCCCCCCAGGAGGGCCCGCCGCGCCUGCACAGCCAGCCUUCACCCAUCCCGGCACUCAUGGGAAUCGCAGACAGCCUGAGCUCCAGCCAGAUGUCCAGAGACAGCCCCAGCAUGUCCUCCGCUCACUCCUCCUCAGCCGGACGCCCCACCAGCAGCAGCCCCUCCACCGCCUCCACGUCUGUGUCCCAGGCCGCCCUGGGGCAGGGCGCAGUGGGGCAGGGCAGCAGCACCAGCGCCGGGGAGUCCUCGAGCAGCUCUCAGGGCACGGUGCUCUGCUGCACCCUCUGCAGAGAGCGUCUGGAGGACACGCAUUUUGUCCAAUGUCCGUCUGUCCCCCACCACAAGUUCUGCUUCCCCUGUACCCGAGGUUUCAUCCGCAGCCAAGGUCAAGGCGGGGAGGUGUACUGCCCCAGCGGCGAGCGCUGCCCCCUGGCUGGCUCCACCGUGCCUUGGGCCUUCAUGCAGGGCGAGAUCUCCACCAUUCUGGCCGGAGACGGAGACGUGACUGUAAAGAAGGAGAGCGACCCUUGACGUCUCCGUCCAGCUGUGCUAAAUGUGGAUCCUACACUUUAAAAGCACUUCCCGAGGUCCUCUUUGGCUCCAACAUCCUUCGUGCCUGUGAGAGCAGAUAGACGUGAGCUCCCAGACGGCAGACACACACAUCUCUACCUAAAGACCCAACAAGACACACUUGAGAGGGGAGACGUAUCCACAGCCUGGGCUGGCGACAUCGUCAUGUCAAGUCCUGACCAGUUAGACUCUCCCUCAACAGGCCUCGUUUUCAAAGCACACACUUGUUUUUAAGAAUGACAAUCUAUUUGGCCAUUUAUUUGUUCUUUAUUUGUUCCAUGAAUGCCCCACACUGAUGGAUUGGUAGAUUAACAAAAACAUGCAAAAAGAAAUGAAUGUUCAAAAUGUGGCUCACCAUCGGGUCCUUAAAGCCAAGGAUGGAGAAUAAUGUAAUCCCACAAUAUGUCUCUUAGGUAUUCUCCUCACAUUGUAUGUCAAAAAUGUGAAUUUACUUUCAAUAUGGCUAUGUAAUUUCUAUUUUUGAUACAGUACAAAUUUCUAUGUAUUUGUUUAUAGCGAUAAGAAGACCAAAGAUGGUUUGUUCAUGCUCAGUGUAAUUUUAUUGUAUUGUAGCCUUGUAUGCUGUAUCCACUGAUAACCUUGGCAUCAGUCACUAAUUUGUUCAUCUAUCACAGAUGUAAGCUUGUUUUGUCUAUUUACUUUUUUUUUGAAUUGUACGUAUGGUAAGAUAAUUAGCAACACAAUCCUUAAUGGUUAACCCACAUACUCGUGAUCCUAACAGGUCAAUAAAUUACAAAAAUAAUAUCA